GUAACUCUCUAUUAAGAUUUUUAGUUCUAUUAGUUGGCAUAAGACGUGCUCUAGCUCUGAGACAGAAUGGCGUCUGGAUCUUCUCUCCUGGAUGAGGAGCUCUCCUGUCCUGUGUGCGCUGAAAUCUUCAGGGAUCCUGUUCUCCUGAGUUGCAGUCACAGCUUCUGUAAGGCCUGUCUGCAGCAGUACUGGGAACAUAAGGGAUCUCGGGAGUGCCCAGUGUGCAGGAGAAGAUCUUCGAAGGAACGACCUCCCUGUAACCUGUCUCUGAGGAAUACCUGUGAGGCGUUCUUAAAGGAGAGAAGUCAGAGGGCUAAAGCAGGAUCUGAAGUGUUCUGCAGUCUGCACAGUGAGAAACUCAAACUCUUCUGUUUGGUGGAUCAAAUACCCAUCUGUGCUAUAUGCCAAACUGCAAAACAACAUGAAAACCAUAAAAUGCGACCAGUUCAGGAGGUUUCAGAAGAGUAUAAGAAGAAACUCAGGACUGCACUGGCUCCACUGCAGGAGAAGCUUAAAGCCUUUAAUGCAGUGAAACUAGUCUGUGAUCAAAGAGCAGAGCACAUCAAGAACCAGGUCCAGCACACAGAGAGACGGAUAAAGAUGGAGUUUAAGAAACUUCAGCAGUUCCUAAAAGAUGAAGAGGCAGCUAGGAUCGCUGCACUGAGGGAGGAAGAGGAGCAGAAGAGUCAGGUGAUGAAGGAGAAGAUUGAGAAGAUGACAGAAGUGAUAUCAUCCCUUUCAGAACAAAUCAGAGCCAUAGAACAGGAGCUGGGAGCUGAAGACGUCUCAUUCCUGCAGGUAAGUCAUGUGUCAUAAUCACACGUAAAACAUGUUUAUCAAUAUACAC